GGAAGUCGCUGCCGGGCGGAGGAAGCGGCCGGGGCCGGAGCCGAGCCCGGCGAUGGCUGCAGCGGGGCCGGCGCAGCAGCUCCAGGUGGCGUUUGAGGACGUCGCUCUGUAUUUCACCCGGGAGGAGUGGGAGCUCCUAUCCCAGCCAGAGAAGCAGCUGUACCGGGACCAGAUGCUGAGGAAUUACUGGGCCCUAAUUUCCCUGGGCUAUUCAGGUUCCACACCGGACUUAAUCCAACGGAUCGAGUUAGGGGAGGCAGAGCUCUGGAUCCGGGAUGCUGAGGCCUCCAGGGAAAACUGCUCCUCAGCAGAUCACGAGAUCCUGGGAGGAACGAGCACGUGGUCUGGCUGUGGCAGGAGCUUCAGCCAGUCGUCAGUCCUGAAAAUACACUCGCGUACGCACACCGGAGAGCGGCUGUACUGCUGUGCUGACUACGGGAAGGGCUUUGCAUGGAGCUCAAAUGUGAGAACACAACAGCGCGCACACACUGGUGAGCGUCCGCACCGCUGUGCUGACUGCACCAAGGGCUUUGCAGAGAGGUCACACCUGAGAAUACACCAACGCACACACACGGGAGAGCGGCCGUACCACUGUGCUGACUGCGACAAGGGCUUUGCAGAGAGCUCAAGCCUGAAAAGACACCAGCGCACGCACACCGGUGAGCGGCCGUACCACUGUGCUGACUGCGGAAAGUGCUUUGCACAGAGCUCAAUUCUGAGAAGACACCGGCGCACACACACCGGGGAGCGGCCAUACCACUGUGCUGACUGUGGCAAGGGCUUUGCACAGAGUUCAAGCCUGAGAAGACACCAGCGCACACACACAGGGGAGCGGCCAUACAGCUGUGCUGACUGCGGCAAGAGUUUUGCAGAGAGCUCAAACUUGAGAACACACCAACACACACACAGCGGGGAGCUGCCGCACCGCUGUGAUGUUUGCAGCAAGAACUUCAGCAACACCAAUGCACUAGCCAAACACCAGCGCACGCACACCGGGGAGAGGCCUUUCCAGUGCACUGACUGCGGCAAGAGCUUUGCAGAGAGCUCAAGCCUGAGACGACACCAGCGCGCACACACCGGGGAGCGGCCAUACAGCUGUGCUGAGUGUGGCAAGCGGUUUAGUAGAUUGGCCAACCUCACCCGGCACCAGGUCACUCACACCAACGCCCCUCUGCCAUCGCCAGGGCCUGGGGGGCUUCUGGCAGCCAGUGGGCCUGACGUAGCACCAGCAGAUGUAGACCAGCGAGUGGUCCUGUCCCCCUGAUGACCAGCAGAAACUGUGUGGGGCGGGGAAGGGAACUUGGUUGAGCAGUGUGGGGACGAGCAGACCGGUCCGGGUAGUAAUUUAGAGAUUGUCACAGCCUACUCCAUUAGGGAGCUCCCCACUUGCCCCCCACACCAUCCAACUAUGUCUGUCCCACACACACUCAUGCAUCUAGCUGGGAUGCAGCCAGAACAACCCCCUCCCCCCAUCUAGAUGGGACCCAGCCAGGAACUUCCCCCCACACCUACCUCGGUUCCAGUAAAGACCUGCUAAAUUGACCGCAGAUUGCUCUCCCAUCGACUCCUGUACUCCACCGGAUCGAGAGGAAUAGGGGGAGUCGACAGGAGAAUGUCUCCUCUCGACAUCACGUAGUGUAGAUCCCUCGGUAAGUAGAUCUAAGCUAUGUCGAUUUGAGUUACACUAUUCACGUAACUCAAAUUGCGUAGCUUAGAUCGAAUUUCCCCUGUAGUGUAGGCAAGGCCUCAGUCUGCAGCAUUAUUAAGGACUUCAGCAUCUGUAUUUGCUCCUCCAUUACUUUUAAUCAGUCGCUCAAUUGCAUCAUUAAUAAAGGUGCGAUUCUCUUUUCUGUCCUGCCAUUCGGCUUCCCAGCACUCCUUGUGUUCCCUUUUUUCUGCACUGGAGCACUGCCAGACCUCCCGAAACAUGUCUUUUUUGCUGCGUCUUGGGCGCUUUCUUAUCUGGCAGAGACGCUCGGCCAGCAUGCGUGGGGUGUCCCUGAAGGCCACAUCUGGUGAAGCACAGGGGACAAGGCACAGAAGCGGGAUUGUUAAAUUCACACACCUCAUUGAAACAUUUCAGUUAAAUACACCUUUUGCAACAUUGCAUGCAUCACCACCCUGUUGCAUCGUACUGAUUAUCAUAGAGUCUGCAGUCAGGCAGAGCAACACAGCAGUGUAGGGGGAUCAGCUCCCUGGCGGAACAGUCAGCAAAACCAUCUGGUGUCCUAGUUUGAGCGGGCGAUAGACCAAUGCAGGCUUCUUGGCCUGAAGGUGGGGAGGCUGUCAGCCCCAGGGAUGGAGUGGCAGGUGGACGCAGGCCCACCCACUCCACUGUGUCCCAGCCCAGGGCCCUAACAGUGGCAGAGUGGUCCUAUUCAGCUUUCUGGGGCUCCUUCCUACUCUCCCAGUCAGGGGGCAGUGGGGUUCUGGGGUUGUCAUUCAUCUCGCUGGGGUAAACGGCAAGUGGCAGCUCCAACAGCUCCUCGGUAGCCCCAGCGUCUGGCAGCUCCGGCAGUCCCUCUGGGCUCUGGCCCUGUAGCAGCCUCCGUCGGGUCCAGGCUCCAGCAGUGUGGGGGAGAUGUCCUGCUCCUCUGGCAGCUCUCCCCCUGCUUCCAACGGAGUGCUGCGCAUGUCCCAGCUCUGCCCAUCAGGGGGCGGUCAUGGUCUCUCCCUGUCCGUCAGGGUUGGCGACCACACCCUCUCACUACAACCCUCCCUCAAGUCCAGCUCCUCCCCCACUCUCCGGGGUUGGUAUGGUCCCCCUUCCCCAACCAGGAGAGACUAUCAGCAUUUGCAUUCUCCUUACCUGCCCUAUGCCAACUGUUGAAGGGUGAGGUACCAUCUUAUUAGCCUCACGUUAUCGUGGUCUGGAGCCACUUGAGGGGGGGUAUGAUCCAUGACAACAAUGAAGGAGUCCCCCAGGAGGUAAUAUGAAAGGGCUUUCACAGCCCAUUUAAGUGCCAGGGCCGCCGCCUCAAUGAUCGAAUUGUUGCAUUCCCGGGGAAAGAGCUUUCAGCCAAUGUAAAGGAGGGAUGGUCUUCUCCGUCGAGGGUCUGAGAGGAUGGCCCCGAGUCCCACUGCCACGGCAUUUGUCUGGACUAUGAACCUAUGAGGGAAGCGGGGCUACAAAGCAUUGGUUCAUGGCAGAGAUGGUCCUUUAGCGUCUGGAACGCUUUGGCACACUUGGGGGGACCAGUGGCUGCACUGCGGCUGGUUCUUUGCUAGGCGUUCCUAAUUCUAUAGUAUGAGACAAGAUAUUCAUUUAAUGUUUAAGAAAAGUUUUGUAAAUGAGUUCCAAUAGUUCAUGGAUUAGAGACCCAAGCGUAUGGAGUUCCAGGCAGUGGUGAGCUGGAGCUGGUUCAUACCGGUUCCCGCAAACUGGUGGUUAAAUUUUGAGUUGAGAACCGGUUGUUAAAGGGUUGGGCAAACUCCGGCCCAUGGAAUCAUCCUGUCUGACCCACCUGAGCUCUCGGCUGGAGAGGUCCCCCCUCGCAGAGCCCAGUGCCAUGGUAAGG